CUUAUGUUCGACUACAGGCAGACUGACACCAAAGAAGAAUCAACUCUGACAAUCAAGAUGUGCCUGUUACUGAUAACAACUCUCCUCCUUGUUGUGGUUGUUGUACUUUUGUUACACUGGAAGAACAUUAUCACUCUGACAGAUUUACUCGCAGCAGGAAAGAGAGUUUCAGAUGUAGUCAUCCCAGCAUUAGAUGAUCCUAAGAUAUCAGGAGCGCUAACACUGACUGUCACAGCAUUCUUCAUUUUGUCAAGUUCACUGACAACAACUCUGUUGGUCAUUGUUACUGUAACACUUUGGUUACAUUGGUUCAACAUCCUUCCACUGAAACAUUUAUUCAUAUUAACUUCAGAUUUUUACCAGUCAGUCACUGUGGGACUAAAUCAGACCUGCAUUGAUUCAAAGCCAGGAGCUAAACGACUGGCUGAAGUCGUUAAAGGAAAAAGCACUCUGCUUACAUCACAAACAGGCCAUCUCCCGCUUUACAAAAUUACACUGGAAGAAAAACAAAUCAGCAUUAAAGGGUGCAAAAGUUUCAGUUUUGGAGAGAAAUCCAUGAACUGUAACCGAAACAUCCUGGUUCUUGGAGCCACAGGUGCUGGGAAGUCCACUGUCAUUAAUGCGAUGAUAAAUUACGUUCUAGGUGUUAGAUGGGAGGACUCGUUUCGGUUUAAGUUAGUGGACGAAAGUCAAACAAAAUCACAAGUUCACAAUCAGACACCAGAAAUCACCGUGUACAAACUCUACCACCAGGAGGGUUUCAGAGUAAAUUACUCACUGACUAUUGUGGACACUCCAGGCUUUGGAGACACCGGAGGCAUAGACAGAGACAAGGACAUCACAGAACAGCUGCGUAGCCUCUUCGCUGAUCAGGAAGGUGUCGGUGAAAUUGAUGCCGUGUGUUUUGUAGUUCAGGCCAAUAUAACUGAACUGACAUCAACACAAACAUACGUGUUUGAUUCAGCACUCUCAAUCUUUGGCAAAGAUGUAGCAGAAAACAUCAGGGUCCUGGUGACGUAUGCAGACGAGCAGCAGCAACCAGUUCUAGAAGCCAUCAGAGUGUCUGGUGUCCCAUGUCCUAAAAGUAAUGAUGGUCUCCCAGUUCACUUCAGAUUUAAUAACUCAGUGCUGUUUGCUGACAACAAAUCCUCAGUGAUAAGACGCAUGAUUCGGCUCAACGAAGAGAAAACUUUUGAGUUUUGGAACAUGGGGACAAAGAGCAUGGCCGGUUUCUUUGCUAGUCUAAAUCACGUCAGAACCAUAAGGUUGACAAUGACCAGUGAGGUCCUGAAAGAAAGAAAGCAUCUGGAAAGUACAGCUGAGGAGCUGCAGAAGCAGGUUAAACUCGGCUUGGCCAAGCUGCAGGAUAUUAGGGAGACCAAUGAAAAACUCCAAGAGCACGAAGCAGAGAUCAGGAAAAAUGAGGACUUUGAGUUUCACGUCACUUUGAAAAAAGUUGAGCAAGUUGAUAUUUCUCACACUGGACAGUACAUCACCAACUGUCUGCAGUGUUAUGUUACCUGUCACUAUCCUUGUGGUAUACCUAAUGAUGAUGGUAAAAGAAGAUGUGACGCAAUGGGGCAGGACGGUUACUGUACAGUGUGUCCAGGGAAAUGUUUUUGGAAUGUGCAUUCUAACCAGAGCUUCAAAUUGGAAUAUCUAGAAAUUCAUGAAAAAAGAACAGUGAAGGAGCUGAAAGAAAAAUACGAGAAGGCCUGCGGGCAGAAGGUGACUUUGGAGGAGCUGAUUAAAAACCUGCUGUCUGAUUAUAAAUCUAUGCAGGAUGAUGUGGUGAAACUGAUCGCAGAGGCUGCAAAGUGUCUGAACAGACUGAAGGAAAUAGCCCUGAACCCAAAUCCCCUUACCACUCCAGAAUAUAUUGACAUGCUCAUUAAAGGAGAGCAACAGGAGUCUAAACCAGGCUGGAAGGAACGAGUUCAGGCUCUGAUAAAAAUGAAAGAAAAGGCAGAGAUCAUAGCUAAAAUAGAGAAGGGAGAGGAGAUCCUGGCUCAUCAGUGA